CACGUCUUCACGUCCACUUGAAACAUUCUCGCAUGGAGUGAUUCAUGUUGUUCUAAAUGCAGUGAGGUACAGCCGUGCCCUGAAGAAAACAUAAGCGCAGUUCGUCUUUUCAAGGUAAGACACUCUGAAACGAAUAAACUGGAACAUUCAGAUUAAAAACGUGAUGUAAUAAGUUAUAACACAAAUAGACGCGCACACUGCAGAGCUGACGCCUACAUUCAUGUUUUUGUGGCUUUACUCGAUUGCUAGAUAUUUGACUUAGAAAACUGUACUAAUAUGGAUUAGUCAUCAUUCCUACUACUAAGUUGUUCAGACCUUUGCUGGUGACAAAUGAUCGUCUUUCUGAAAUGUAAUGUUAGAUGUCGACGGUUGAUCUGCUAAUAGCCUUUAGGCUUUUAGCCUCUCAAUGACAAGUUUCAUGUUGAAACUUGUCAGUUUGAGAAUUGUAGACUUAAAGUUUCCCCUUAUAUAUUAAAGAUGGGUGGUAAUCUUUGCAGGGUUGCGUUGACACGUAAAUGUCAACAUAGGUCCUCACUGCUCUCUCUGGUGUGUUGAAUUAAGGGAAAAAUCAAAUGAGGAGAUGUAAAAUUGGAUGUAAAAUACACCAGUAUGUAAAAUUUAAGCCAAGUUUUGUAAAUUUUUAAAUUAAAAAAAACUUUGAGUCUUGUUAUUUUUGCAAUCUGAAUCAAAGCAUUCUUCUUUUUCAUCUGUGUAUAAUCAAAUCUAGACAUGCCCCUUUCUGGAUCAAGCGAACCUGGUUCGAAGGUUUCGGACCCCCAACAUUCCCAGAAACUCCUCCGGGUUCUUCGAGUCUUCUGGCAGGAGCAAAGCUUCCACGAUGCAGUGCUGGUGGUGGAUGGAGAGGAGCUCCCGGUCCAGAAAAACAUUCUGGCUGCUGCCAGCCCUUAUAUCAGGUGAGAUCACCUGGGAAUGACCAUUUGCCUUUGAUCAUCAAGUGCAGAAUCAGACACACCAAUCUAGAUAUGACAUGAACAUGAUCUUUUUUUAAAUUAUAUGACGUUAAAACAAAAUGGUUGUCUCUAUCUUCACAACACGUCAGCCUGUAUUGCAAAUUUCAUGCUUGACAGUUUCUCAUGUAUUGAUAUUUUAAUCUUAGGACCAAGCUGAACUAUAAUCCUCCAAAGGAAGAUGGGUCUACAUACAGAAUUGAACUGCAGGGGGUCUCCAUGCCCAUUAUGAAACAGAUCUUGGACUACAUCUUCAGUGGCGAAGUGAGUGUGUUGGCUUUAACAGGAGUCCCUGUAUUCUUGGACCUUAUUUUAAAAAUAUUUUGUUAUCUCCCCAGUUUGAUGUGCCAUCACCCUCAGAGCAAAUGUCCGGGAUCAAAGUAUAUUGUUUUCAAUGCCAGCAGUCGCAUAUUAUUAUUCUAAGUGUCUGAAACCAUCAAAGAUAGGAUCCCUUCAGUGAUAGCCCCUUUUGUUAAGCAAAUAUCCCUUUUUAAACCAGAAACACUUGUUUUAUUGUUGUCUGCCACACAGAGUGUGUGACAGACUUAUCUUGCAGAACCUGGGAGUGAUACUCAGGAGGUUUCAGGAGGUUUUCUGCAUUCUGACAGAACAGCAUAAAAAAUUAGAUACAGCCAAAGUGGACCAGCAGCUCAGAUAUUCUCCAACGUGAAAUUUGUGGUUUUUCAGCAGAGUUUAGUUGCUCUGACAAAAGAAGGUUGCUGUAAGAGGUGGAAAAAAAAGAUCUCCCUCAUCAAAAAGUUUCAUAACUAAAGGUAUUGUAUCAAAAAUAUUAAAGGCUGUAAAUUGAAAAAAAAAUAAAAAGAAUAAAAAAAAAAAACACUGUUACAGGACAUGCUGUAAUCCACCACAUUUACCCUGAAGAAAAAAUGCAGACAUCACUGCCUUUAAGCUGCUCUCUGGAGCAAUCUGCUGAAGAAAUUCCAAUAUUGUUGAACCUGUAUGUAAUUCCAGCAACAUAAUAAGCCUAACCUGGGGUCAGGUUUAAAAUUCCUAAAAAUGUUUUCAAAAAUCCUUGGUUACACGAUCAGGUUUUCAAAACCCAUUUCCUGCUAAUCUUCACAUAGUAAUGAGGAAAUUCAUUCAGCAUAAUUUGCUCCUUUUCUUUGUUUUUCUGUCCUUCACACACAGAUCACUUUGAGUGAAGAGACCAUUCAGGACAUGGUACAGGCAUCUGACAUGCUCCUCAUGAUAGACCUCAAGUCUUUGUGCUGCCAAUUCCUAGAAAGCUGCAUCACUGCAGAGAACUGCAUUGGCAUCCGGCUCUUCUCUCUGCACUACUGCCUUCACCAUGUCCACUAUGCUGCCACCGAGUUCCUGCAGACACAUUUUGGUGAUGUGGCGCUCACUGAGGAGUUCAGGGAAAUGCCUACAGACCGCCUGUGCGAAGUGCUGGCCAUGGAGAAGCUGAACGUGGGCAAUGAGAGGCACGUGCUUGAGGCUGUGGUGCGAUGGUUGGCUCAUGACCCCGAGGAUCGGAGGGUAGGUGAUGCUCUCUUGUGGGAGAAAGAUGAGAGAGGAUAUUGAAAAGGUAGACAGGUAUCGGACUACUGGUCAUUCAAGCGAUUAAAUAAAUAUAAAAUUGAAUUAGAUAGUCAAAGAGCACAUAGGUAAAUUUAAAUUGGAAAUAUAAGGUAAUAAACCAUUCAUCAUCCUAUUCAAAGCAUGGUAAACAAGAGCCUAUCCCAGCUGUCAUUGGGCAAAAAUAUCUGAAUUAGAAAAUUUACAUUGAGACCAAUUUCAAUAGAGAAUAAUUAUGGUAAUUUACUCGUGAGUAGUGCUGUCAGCUUUAAUAUCAUUAAUGUUAAUGUUAUUUUCUUUUAGUUACAUCCUUUUUGUCCCUUGUAGCACACUGUAUUGAAGCUGCAGCAGUCUCUUCCUGUUCUUCUCUAUGUUUAGCAUGAAGUUACCAGUCCUUUGCCUUGCUGUUAGCUUGAACAAUGUUUCACACUUGAAGAAACUGUAGGAGACAGAAACAACCACCAAAAUGGAACUCCUGAAAAGUGCAUUCACUGUCUUCUUAACUAAGAGUCAUUGGAUGUCAGGGAGUCAUCAAAACGUUUUGCACUGGCUUUGCAUUGUUAGUUUGAUCUCAAAAAUCCUAAAUAACUGAAUUUUAAAUAUGUGACCUACAAUUGACCAUUGAACAUGAACUAUUAAUUAUGACUAAACAACUUAGUCAUUUUACAGCACUAUGUUUAAGCUGUUAAACUGAGUUAGUUAAAUUCUGCAGGAAAACAGAAAAAAAAGCUCAUCAAAGUUUUGCCCUUUAUUGGAAUUAAAAGAGGAAGAAAGAGAAGUUUGAGGAGAGGAUUAGGGAAAAAUAAGAAUGAAAUGAAUAAACUUUAUGAAAUAAAUUUCUGAACAAUUAAAAAUGUACAUGAAAAAAUGAAAGUGAGUAACUAAGGCAUUACACAAGCCUGUGCUGGUUCCAAAACACAAAUCAGAAUGAGCAUUAUGUCAUCUGUACUUUUAGGUCCACAUGAAGGAAGUGAUGUCAGCAGUAUGGCUGCAGGGCCUGGACCUGAGCUACCUGAGAGAGCAGGUACAGAAACAGUUCAAUCAUCUACACAUUAAAAUGUUUGCUCAACAUGAUACUACAAUGCCGUGAAGUCCUGUCAUUUGAAAUCCACUACUCUGCAGGAGCAAAAGCUCUUCUGGCUAUCUCAGGAGCUAACCUAAUUGUUUAUCCCAUCAGGCUAUGGGGGAGCCCCUAAUGAGGGAGGUGGUCAGAGAUUACUGUCAGUCAGUGCUGAGCGAUGGUCCGCUGCAGGGGGAGGCUCUGCUCGCUGCCUUUAAACCAAGAGGUUACUCAGAGUGUGUCGUCAUCGCUGGAGGAGAGGAUCGAAAGUGAGUUGUUCAUUUUCUGUUAGGAUUUUCUAAUCUCAUACAAGACUUCUACUGUGUGUCAGUGGAGAUUUUAAAAGUGGCCUCAUCUCCAUUAAAGCUUAAAUGAAUACAAUCUCUUUGACACGAGAAAUAUUAAAGACAUCAACCAUCACAAACGUCGGUACUGUCAGAUCACGUGUUUAAGAGUCAUUAAGUCCGUGAAGACACAGGGGACAUAGAUUGAAGAGCGAAACCGGGUCACAAUCAGAGGAAAAGCUUCCACCAGUGUUGAGUUCAGCCACAGACUCACUUGGCUCACAUCCUGUCUUAUCUGCUGUUUUUUGUUUUCUUUUUUUUGUCCCGGACAGAACCAGGAAGCCAACUGCUGUGACGCGCUGCAUGUGUCCACUCUAUGAUUCCAACAGACAGGCCUGGAUUGAGCUGCAGCCAAUGAGUGUUGCUCGUGUAUGCCAUGGGGUAGUUGCUGCAGGUCAGUAAAAAUGAUGCAAUGUGUGUUUGUAACGUAUGAUCCUAUGUAUUUUUUUUUAAACUGUACCCCUUUUCACAUGAUUACGGGUGUAAAUGAUAUGACGUUAUAAAAAGUUUUAAAAUUCCUCCACUGGUGUUUCAGAAAAUACGAAGCAGAUAAUCACUUGGGUUUCAAAAUAUGUGAAGUUAUUUGCCCAGGUUUGGACAGGAUAACUCCCCUUAAGAGUAACCUUUAAUGCAGCAAAGUGAAACGGCUCAUCCAGUGAAUUUAGAUAUCAGUACUAACAUUAACUUCCUGUCUUUAGAGGGCUUUCUGUUUGCGAUUGGUGGGAUAGAUGAGCACAACACAGUCCUGAACUCUGGAGAGAAAUAUGACCCAGACAACAACACAUGGACCCCAAUAACACCCAUGCUGCAGGUAACUCUACACGGUCACUGUAAUGCAGUUUUAUAUAAAAUAAACAACCAAAAGGUUUUAAAUUUUUCAUUUGGUGAGGUAAAUAUCUUGAAGAAAGUGAGGUUGUCAGUCCAUGUUCAUAUGACGCAGGUUUCUGCAUCCAUGUUGCAAAAUAUAGACAUUUUAGUCAAUUCACUUUGUGACCACUAGAUGUCAGCUCUGCUGUAAUGUAGACUCAUAUUCAACCUUUGUCAGCAGCCAAAGUGGAUGGGACAGACUUUGGUUACCUGCUCAGUUUAUAAAGAACUUUGAUGUCUUACACAUUGCAUGUUCAUUGUUAUCGAACACUCAUAGGACACUCAAAGGUGUGUCAUUAGAGAUGGUGCCAGACUCAUUAAGUUUCCCUUCUUCUUGUAACAAGUCUGAACCUCAUUGUUUUGUUUUGUUUGUAAUCUACUCAUCAAAACUGUGAUUUCAUAAAAACAGUCAUUACCAGUGAACCUUACUGUCAAUCCUUGUAUCAAUUUGUGAUUUUAAUCUUAAAAAUAUAUUUUAAAGGAGCUCUUGAACCCAGAAAGUCUAUGUGUAUUUAAAAGCUGCUUUGGUCUGAGCUUAUUUCGAUGUUCGUAGGCUCGUCAGAACUUUGGUGUGGUGGAGCUGGAUGGUCUGGUCUACAUUCUGGGAGGAGAAACUGAAGAUACGGAGCUGACCACUGUGGAAGUUUUUGACCCUCACUUCAACUCCUGGAAACUGACUACAAGUAUGACUAUGGUCCGCAAGGUAACCACACACCGAGAACUUAAAUAUUCACAGAGCAGCAGGAAAUACAUGUCGAACAUGUUUUUGUUACCUCACAGUGUUUAACUUUACACCUCCUCUGAUGCGUUUACAUUGAACCAUUUCAUAUCUCACUGAGGCAUACUGACGAAGACUCGUCAGUCUUGUGAACUCUAUGUUGAGUUAACAUUUCCAAGAAAAAUGUCUGAGUCCCGUAUAUAACUGAGUAAAAGUGCAUCAAGAGGGAGCAGGUGAAGUAGGGCACUGCAUUUAAUCUGUGCUGGGUCGGUUUCUUCUUUGCAAAUUUCUACAAAGUACAUAUUUGGUGCUGUUUGUAGUGUGUAUUUUUUUUACAACUUUAUGACAUUAUGUCAACAAAAUAAUUAAUAUAUAUAUAUUUUAAAAAUCAUCAGAUUAUCUUUUACAAUUUUUUUUUUAAAUAUCAAGCCGUACUUGCUGCCAUGUAAUUUUCCACAGUCUUGAAGAUGAACAAAUCCCUCCUCUAAAAGUCUAAAUAAAGGGGAUGUAGAAGGCCUAAAACAGUUGAAUUAAAAAAUAUGUUUCAGGUCUGUUUUUGUCUGGACAUCAUUCAAUGGACACAUGAAAAAUGUAUUCACAAAACCUUCCACAAGAGUCAAAGGGUCACGACAGCUGUUGUGUAGAUUUGAUAAAAAAUGAAACAGAACUUCGACAGCUUCACAAGUUUCCAAAAGGUAACGUCUCCCAACGCUCUGUACAGUUGUUUCUGUCUUCUGUUUCAGGUCGGCUGCUAUGCCUCCAUGAAUAAGAAGAUCUAUGCCAUGGGCGGAGGCUCCUAUGGGAAGCUGUAUGACUCUGUGGAGUGCUAUGAUCCUAAAACACAGCAGUGGACGGGCCUUUGUCCUCUGAAAGAGAGAAGGUAAACACAGCGUCUGAUUGUUGUAGCUUUGUUGUCCGAGCAAAACAAAAGAAAGAGAAUUACUGAUGUCCUUAGGAUUUUAUUUUACUGUCCCAUCUUGUCUUUUUUUUUUUCCUGAUCCAUGACAAUUUUAUCACUUAAAGACACUUGUUUUACUAAAACAAAGGAAAAGCUUUAAACCUUGACUGCUACCAACAAAGUUCCAUGGUAGCUGUUAGUUUGGUUUCAGUUUGACACGUCAGGUGAUACUGACACCAAAUGAUGACAAAGAUGGGGGUUGUCACAGAGGAUGUUGAGUCAUAUACCGAACGUUGGUCAUGUUGAAUCUGAGAACUCCAGAAAGAAAGAAACAUUCGACAUACAAACUUUUGGUUUUUGUUUGUAAGUUAAUUUUAAAUGUUGAGAUUUCAAUCACACCAUGAGUAAUGGCUUGACAUGAUAAAUAGGAGGCACUUCUUUUGGUUUCAGUCUUCUGACCACCGACAGCUCCUCAAGCCUUAUACCCCACAACACGUAUUCAUAAGCUCAUCCUCACUAAUGUUGAUAAGACAGCCUCUAGUGCUUUGCUCAAGAAACCAUACAGAACAAGGUGUCAACAACAAUCUUGUCGCAGAUGAUUCACUUUUUCUCUCAGCCACAGCUGCACACAUAGCAAACAAAUCUAACCAAUAUGCUCGUGCCUGAUAUAUAAGAUCUGGAGCAUCAACACAGAAGCAAAUAACUACUUGUUACCUCCGCCAAGGAGGUUAUGUUUUCGGUAGCGUUGGUUUGUUUGUUGGUUUGUUUGUUGGUUUGUUCGUUUGUCUGUAUGCAACUUUACGGAGAAAGUUACAGACGGAUUGACCUGAUAUUUUCACCAGAGGUGCGUCUCAGCCCCAGGAGGAUCCCAUUACAUUUUGGUGGUGAUCCGGAUCGCCUUCUGGAUCCAGGAAUUUUUUGAAGGAUUCUUUAUCAUUGUGAGAUAGGGCAAACUUUGGAAUCGUUGCAUUUAACUCUAUAAAAAUGGCCAGAGUCUUUAGUAAAAAAAUACACAAAAGGAUCUCAAUGAGUUUUAUGAGGUGUCAAAGGUUGAUCCUGAUCCAGACAAAAUUCUGGAUACUGUGAUCCAGAACACACAAAAAUAAGGGUGUCGUUGGAAUUUUCAAUGCUGAAAGAUAACCAAUGGGCGGCAGAGUGGUGUAGAUGGGCGGCACAGUGGUGUAGUGGUUAGCACUGUCGCCUCACAGCCAGAAGGUCCUGGGUUCGAAUCCUGGUUUUAGGAACAUUAUGAACAGUGAACAUACCAGUUUAAACACAAAUAAACGUUAAUAAAAGACACGUAACAGUAAAAGUUUUGGUGUGAAUCACAAUAUAAGGGGGGACAUGAGCUGCUUGGCGGAGGUCUGAGCUCUCCGAGUGCUUUUCUAGUUUUCAUACAAUGAACUGAAGUAAUGUUGUUAAAAAAACAAAAACAAAAAGAGUGAACAAGAAGAGGAGACAGCCAAACACUCAGGUCGCCAUAUUCAUGACUUGCCAAUGACAAGUAACAGUGACUUCAAGCGUGCACAUGUUAAGCUUCUAAAAUUGAGCUCCAAAUGGGUCUACAGUUUACAAAAUGAACAUCAUGCUACUUUAGAGAGGACUUCAGUGAUCCAAACCGCCAAGUCAUCAGGAAAAUGUUUACAAAGGUUUCUAUCGCAACUUCCUAGGAUUGUUUUUGAUCAACUCUGUGAAGUCAGUCUUCUCUGUGCUGCCUGUGGAGUCUUUCACUGCUCACACUGCCUGAAAAAAUGUCUGUUCAUUUCCCUGUUAUUUUUUCGGUCAGGUUUGGUUCGGUGGCAUGUGGCGUUGGCCAGGAGCUCUACGUGUUCGGUGGCGUUAGAAGCCAAGAGAACGAGAACGCCGAGCAAAGACAGAUGAUGACCUGCAAGUCUGAGUUUUACCACGACGAGAUGAGGAGGUGUGGAAAUUCUUCUUACUUCUGACGAAUUCUUGGAAAUGGCAAUCAAUACUUUAUUCUGUAAUCUUUACUUCUAUUAAUCUUUAUGAUAGCCUGUUCUUUAUUAGAGUUCCCAAAAGGUUUUUUAAGUUCCUUAUUGACUCCACACAAGGUACUAAAGAGGGACCUCUGGUUUUUCAGGCCAAUCACCCAACUCAAAGUACCGCUCUCUGGUGAAUCCUGACUAGAUUUGGGAUGUAGAAUCCCUUUUUCCACAUUAAAUUGAGCAUCGUCCUUUAUAAUCCAGCUCUUAUUGUUGCGCAAACACAUUUUUUUCAUCAUCUUUAUUUGUUUAGAACCCAAAAAUCUCAACAAAACACUGGCAAACAUUCUUCUGAAUAUAUAAACAACAAAAAAACUUUUGAUAUGUGCUCCUGCCAUUCCAGUGAAGGAGAUACAUUUGGGAAUCCUGAAGGGAAUACUUGUUGAUUUUGAAAAAUCUCAGUUUGGUUCAUUGUGAUGUGUGACUGUCAAACCAUCCAGCUCUUGUUGUGAAUACUGUAAUAAUGGCAAGAUUUAUUCAAAGGGUCAACUGAAAAAUGGCGGUUAGAUAUCCUAAUGUCCUGGAGAAGUCCUGCCCUGUUCUCAUGAAAGGGAGUUUCGGGAAUGUUUGCAGAGUUUCUUCAAGUCAAUUCAAACCUCAAUCAAACUCUGAGAUGAUCUGAUCAGAUUCUGGUGACAGAAGAAAAAUCUAAUUUGUCAUACAUCCCAUUUCAAUAGCUGUAAAAUCUCAACACCAUGUGGUGAUUUUAUUACAUCUUCUUUACUUUUAUGUUCAUUUUUGUUGCUGACCGGAGCAAUGCCAUCCACACUGUAUCACAAGUCAGAUCCACUGACAAUCACAUGCUGUGCAGAAAAACAGAUUCACACCCCUCAUGUAAAUGAUUGUGGUGUGAUCUCUCUCGUUCAAGAUUUAAUAAAGUUAUUUGUUUGAGAUGUUCUCAUAUUUCCAUCAGACCAAAUACACACCGAUAAACUUUCAUUCUGUGUCUGGGAAACACUGAGAAAUGUGAGAUGCCACUCAUUCACUAAGAAGAGACACACAGCUGUUGUGCUGCAACUCUAGUUUGAAAUGACAAAAAUCUAAAUAGUCGUGCAGGAAAAUGGUCCCAAAAUAAAAAUGUGCCUUUUAUUUUUCCUUUGGUUUCUUGUUGUCUUGUUUGAAUAAGUUUAAAUCUCACAUCUAUUGUGUUAUGGUUUGAACAGAUGGAUGUACCUGGAUGACCAGAACCUGUGCAUUCACACCAGCUCAUCCUUUGUUUACGGUGCCGUGCCCAUUGGAGCCAGUAUCUAUGUGGUGGGAGAUCUGGACACAGGUGAGUGAAAGAAGUCCUUGCAGAAAAAAAAAGAAAAACCAGAGUUUUAAUCAGUGUUUGAGUGUGAAAAUGUUUUAAUACGUGUGUGUGUGUGUGUGUGUGUGUGUGUGUGUGUGUGUGUGUGUGUGUGUGUGUGUGUGUGUGUGUGUGUGUGUGUGUGUGUGUGUGUGUGUGUGUGUGUGUGUGUGUGUGUGUGUGUGUGUGCAGGAACAAGCUUUGACUACAUACGUGAGUUUCGGCGCAGCACCGGGACGUGGAACCGCACGAGGCGCAUGUUUCCCUCCGAUCUCUCCAAAACAGCCUGCGCCGCCCUGCGUAUUGCCAACUGUCGCCUGUUCCGCCUUCAGCUGGCCCAGGGCGUUUUCAGGAUCAGGGUAUGACUUCAUACCCGCCAGCGGCCGAUAUCACUCUGUACUGCUUCACUUCGCACACUUAUUUUUUCUGCUGGCCGUAGGUCGGAUUAAGGGAUUAGAUGAACACGAUAGUAUUAUGGAUGUUAGACUUUUUUGAUUAAUGCUUGUUCAGGGCUACUACUCAAGAUGGAACAACACUUAAUCUUAACACGUUUAAAGAUUAUGGUUUUUAUGGGAUCUUUUUUUGUUUUAUAAAACCUGUGUUUUAUUUAAAAAGAAGGAUUUUCCUUUCAUCUUAAGGACAUUCCUUAUUUUUAAUGUGAUCUGAUGAUCAGUGACUUUCUGUGGGAUUUAACACUUGUUAACUUCCACAUUAACACAAGGGAUUAUGAUGAACACUGAAAAGAGCUGCUGUGUUUCAGAUUUGCUGUCUAGAAUAUUUUAAGGUUUUUUUAGGGAUGAACUGUUGACGCUUAUACCCAAAAUUAAUCACAUGGUUACAAUUGAGUGGAGGUUAAGGGUAGGAAUGGCAUAAGUUUUAUGAAUUUUCUAUGGGAAGAGGGGUUUGGGUGUUUGUUCUGUGAGAGCCAGAGAGCUUUCAUACGAAAAUAAAAAGUCUGCAGACCCAUCUGCAAUUUGAUGAAGCAAUGGGAGUGAAAGGUCCUCCAACACAAACCCUUGAUUUCCCUAGCUCUAAGUAACUAAACUUUUAACCUACUAUGCUAAACAUCAGAGGAGACAACACUUUUAAAGAUACAGUGUAAAAUGUAGCAAGGUUAAGCAGAACAGACGUGCUGAAAAUGGAAUAUGAUUCUCAAAAACAUUCUCAAAUCAGAGGAUAAUAACCCACAUAUAAAAGUCUUUUUUUUUUCUCUUAGAAUUAAAACAGGUCCCCUUGGAGACCACCAUGUUUCUACAGUAGCAGAGAAAGCAACAACUACACACCAUUUCAUAUCUGCAUUUCUUGUAUUUAGGCAUACAGGCAAAGAUUUGAUCAAUUAGGGAUGGGGACGAACACUCGAGUAAUGAAGUACUUGUUGUAACCAUCAUUCUUGAGUAUUGUUGCACUUCUUACCUAUGCAUUGUUCUCUUUUAAAGUACCUCAACUCAAUUAGUUUACAGGCAGCAUGUCAGCUGUAACCAGGAAAAGUGAUGUGUGGAAGUAUCUGAUAUAGAAAUACUAGUUCAAUGCUUAAAGUCCCACUCCGAGCAUUUUUUUUUUACUACUUAAAGUGUUAUCAGCGGUCUUUAAAUUGUGAUUAUGACGUUUUUACCAGGAUUCGCAUUACCUGUGUCAUUUUCAAGGGCUUUUCUUCUGCACAGCUCCAGUAGCUCAUUAGCAAUUCGCCUCUGAGUUGUGGGCGGAGACAGCGCUGCUCUGCAGACUCCUCUUUACGCUAGCUUGCAGCCUAACAUUGCCGGUGUAGUAGAAGUGGCAGGUAAUACAGGAGCUAUUCAGCUCUCAGACACAAACGUCUUUAGGGACACGAUGAAAGAUAAUAUCAUAAUUAGCUUUCUUACAAUCCUUGCAAUCCACUACAGCACACACUUGUUCUGGGAUAGUCUUCUAUAUUUCUCCUGUAUAUGCAGAGUGUGGCCUGCAUAGCGGGGCUCCGGGGGUGGAGUGUGGAUUGGUUACGUAGGAAAUCUCACUAUUUCUGAACCUGCCAUUUUGGUCUGUCAGAGAUUCACAGCGAUUUUAAUGAAGAAAUACUCAUAUAAUGCCAUAAAUGCCAUAUAAACAUGUAAACAACAAGAAAAACACGAUUUUCAUCGGAGUGGGUCUUUAACCACGUUCCUUUGAAGCACCAGCAGACAGAUGAUAGGCAGUCUCACAUCACACAUUUGCUAGCCUGGUCAGCGAACGCCGGUGUGAUGAUGCUGACAAGGGGGUGUUACAUCCCCCUUGUAAAACAAAGGAAGGAUAACACACUACAACCAAAAAUAAUUGACAGGAGUCAGAGUGAAACUGAAAAAAGGCAAAGUCUAUUUAUUUUCCAACUUAAAUAACAAAGGCUUUCAUAAUGUGAGAGAGAAUAGGGCUACAAUAAAUCAAAAGGGUACAAUCAAACUCAGACUAUUUCUAUUUCAUUCUAAAGUCAAAGUAAUGAACUUUGAAAGUCUAUAAAUUAGACUAAAAAAGGACUGUAAUCAAUAUAAAUACAUGAGUAACUCAGCGUGUCUUACAGUUUAAUUAUUGGGUGCAAAAAUGUACAGGGUACCCCAAACUCACCUAUACGCCUACAUGUCCCACCACAUACUUACAACACAGAGCACACGACUCAACCAGACUCAGAGGGGAGAACUCAGGAGAAGAGAGAGGAAGAGACUAAAACUUCUCCUUUUAUACUUCUCUCAGCAUGUUAGCAGACAGAUCCUCCAUCUCUGCCUCCCAAUCAGCAGCAGAGCAGAGUCUCUCAGGUGUCGCUCUAUCAACUACUCACCUUAAGAAGCAAGGAUGGAGGGGGGAGAAAAGAACACAGCAGUCUGCCUCAUGCCUGACAUGUAACACUAGUGUAGAGUAAAUUGGCUUACUUGUAACUAAAAUGGUGGCUGAAGACAUGCUCCCGUUAAGUUUUGUGGAAGGCUUCUGUGAGAUGGUGGUGAUUUUUUUGAGCCUGAGCACAAGCCACCAUCACAAAAGAUAACAACCACGAGGGUGGAAAAAUGUUUGAGGAAACACAGCAGAAUUGAGGGCUGUUUUAUAAAGUGUUGACAAAGUGGCUGUCACUACUGACUCAUGGACAGGUCUCACUCUGGAGUCAAACCUUAAAAUCACCUGUCAGUUCAUUCAGAACAUUCCUUCAGACGCACAGUUAGCUGACCACUUCGCUAACCAGCAAAAACGUAAAACUUACAAGUACUCAGUUACUCACUGAUAAAGUAAUCUGAUUACUUGAACAGUGGACUUACUGGAAAUGCCUAUCCUUAUGAUGAAUCAUACUUAUCAAUCCGUGCUUGACUAGUUGAUUAAGCAACAAUGCCAGGUAUUCCCAUUUCGACAUACUGUACCUUUCAGGCACAGGAGCAGGUUUUCAGGACUUGUCUGGUUUUGUUUUUGGUUUCCGGAGCUCUCAUCCGACUGUCUGUGGAAUUUUCACAAUAUUCACCAACAAAGUAGUCAUAGGAAAUGUAGAAGAUAAGUAACUCCAUUGAUAGAAGAUAAAAGAAACCUUGAUGUCCACCACGUUUUUUUUCCCACAUUGCAUUGAGUAAAUGUUUGCAUGCUGGAGCAGAAGCACUUUACUUGAUGGUCACUUUUUAAUCAUUGACCAAGCUGUGUGGGCCCUGCUCAGCCUGGUCAGAAAUACAUGUCAGUGUGAGUGUCACUCCUCAGUUGCAGGAUGUGUUUGCUGCCUCUGUGACCACUGACCUGGCUUUCCAGUCAGAACACUUUUGGCAUCUCUCGACCCCGUUUGUUCUGUGUGAGUUACAGCUGCUGCUGUCUGUCCUCUGUUCGGGGCAGCAGAAACACACUCGACACACACUCAGUCUUACUCCUAUAAUACAUAUCACACACACACACACACACACACACACACACACACACACACACACACACACACACACAACACACACACACACACACACACACACACACACACACACAACACACACACACACACACACACACCAAACCACUGACAGGGCUCCAACUGAGGUAUACUAAUCAUACAACACUCAAACUUGAAAUAAUCCUGUAACUUUGAGAAAAGAAGUGCUUUGGAUUUUACUUUCUUGUGCCUCAAAUUAGAAAAUAAUGCUUUUAGAAACAGUUAGACUCACUGUAAUAUAACAUAACUAUGGGCAAGCAGUUUGGGAUUCAAAUCUGAAUAGUUUUUAAGACUCAAGAAACAGCAUACUGUACCAGCCGAACUGAAGGUUGAUCCUCAGUUAAAGUGUUGAGCCAGUCUCAGCAGAAACUUUGUAAGUGCUUUAUUUUACCAUCUAUUACAUUUUUAUGAACUUUUAAGUGACGUAAAUAUGGACAUCAUUAAUAGAAACCAUGGCAGUGUACAGCUGGAAGAAGAAGUCCUUUUUUGGAUAAGAUUAUGCCGAAGUAAGUUCCUUAGAAAAUAAAGGAAAUACCGCUGUUCUCAAACAUGGGUUUAAAUGACUCACAGAUGAAAAGUUUUAUUAUUAUUGCUUCUGUUUGUAGUCCCAAGUCGCGCUUCAACUUAUUCCCUACUUACAACAAAGGGCCUGAUCGGAGCGCAUCCUUCUUUGUGACAGGAAAUAUCCCCUUAGUAUGACUUAGGGGGAAAAAAUCCCUCUUUUUCUAUAAACAGGACCCAAUUUCUGUCUGUCAUUUAACAGAUGAUAUACUGACUGCAAUUAAGUGAGUACAACAGGUUAACUCAUGUCCUUUCUCUAGUUUGUUGUAUGAAUAACUCAAAAGGCUUAAAUAAUGAUAAACUGAAACAGGAAAAGUGAUCAGUAAAUUUUAAAGUAUUAGAAAUAAACAUAAAAGUUAUCAUAGCCAGAAGGUCACACUCCGGUUUAAAGAUACAAUUCAGAAAAAAAGGUAGUUUUUCAAACACAAGGUUCACACUGUUUUGAGUCACAGACUGAAAUAAAGGAUUUCCUGGAGCUCUAUAAGGCCACAGGGCCGACCAGCUGAGGCCUGACUGUGAAUAAUGUACUUCCUUAUUUUUGCACCAACACUUAACAUUCCAGAGCAUCUCAUCAUUUACAGAAAAUACGACACUAAGUUACUGAGCCGCUAUGCAUUGUAAACAACAAUUGUUGUCACGUGUAAACAUCUCAUGACAGUCUGUGUUUGGUGGCCGUUUAAACUGAAAGUAGCUGUCGAGCUUUAACCAAAGUUGUGAAAGAAGGGGAGACAAACUCCAGUUUCAGUUUGUACUUUUCUUACUGAUGCAUGAGGAAGUUUGGUAACAUGUUGCCCAUGAGUGUCAUUCAUUUACGUCAAAGGGAUUAAAACACCAAAAUGGUCAACUUUG